AGCGGAAAAUUCAUGAAACUUUUGGUCUUCAUUAAGCGACCACCCCCACUACGGGAGUUUCCGACCUGUAAAUACGACUGUGGUGACUAGUGACAGUGACAGCGAGUCAGACAGACUCUGUGCGACUGUGGCAGCUGUGUUCUGUGUGGGCUGUGGGCAUUAUAUACAAAUAUACACUAUACGCACUAUAAUACAUAACCUAAAAACACCUAAAAUUUCAAACUCGUGUUUACAAAGUUUGGUUUCAUUAAAGACUUCUGAGAACUGUUUAUGUUUUGUUCGGUAGAAAAAAGUAUCAAGUGAUGAUUAAACAUGAAUACUAUUUUACAUUGUGCUGCUAAUCAUAGGUCCAGAAUCAUGGAUACCAGGAAACUUAUUUAUCCUGCAGCUGAUCGUAACAAGGGUCCAAUAGUAUCAGUUCUUCGAAAAUAUAUUCACCAUGGUUCAGAACUAACUUUCUUGGAGAUUGCAUCCGGUUCUGGACAACAUAUAGCUCACUUUGCUCAUCAUAUUCCUCAGCUUACAUAUAUCCCAUCAGAAUAUGAGCCACGAUUGUUACACAGUAUUUCUGCACAUGCAGAUGGGCUUGCAAAUAUAAAACAUCCUUUAAUAAUAGAUAUUACUACAAAUUUUCAUACUUGGGGUGAUGGCAGUUUUAUGGAAGACAGUAUUGAUUACAUAUACAAUGCAAAUAUGAUGCACAUUUCACCUUACCAAUGUUCUAUUAGUUUAUUUGAGAAUGCAGGUAAAUUAUUAAAAGAUAAUGGUUUUCUGUUUACAUAUGGUCCAUACGCUAUAGAUGGAAAAAUAACACCAGAAAGUAAUGUUAAAUUUGAUAAAUCAUUAAAACUUCAAGACUCAAGUUGGGGUCUCAGAGAUAUUAAAGAUUUGAAAGAACUAGCAGAAAAAAACGGUAUUCAAUUAAUAGAUAUUGUUGAUAUGCCUGCUAAUAAUAAAAUUAUUAUAUGGAAGAAAUACAAAAUAAAUGCUAACACAGUAUUACAGUGA